AUGACGAGCUGUUUGUGCUGCAGACCAGCGAUUGUGGCCAAAUCAAUUCACAACGAGGGCUUUGCGUCGCCGUCUAGAGCUCUAAAUCGUGUUGCUGGGGUUGUACCUUACGGUACAAACGGGAGGUCCCUCAGUUUAAGGUUUCGUGGCGUGCGCGCUUCAGCUGUGGACUCGUAUGAGAGCUCUUCUGAUUUCGUCAAUCGCAUGGAAAAAGCCUGGUUAAUAUCCAAGCAACCAAGGCCUGUUGCUUGUUCUUCUUGCGACUCAAACGGUCAUAUCGAAUGCAAAUGGUGUGGGGGCACAGGCUUCUUUAUGCUCGGCGAUAACAUGCUUUGCCAAGUCCCUUCGAGAGGUACUAGUUGUGUUAUUUGUACUGGAAAGGGAUCAAUAUGUUGCUCUGAUUGCAAAGGAACAGGCUUUCGUGCCAAGUGGUUAGGACAGCCUCCUAUGUCCAAGUAG